AUGAUUGCAAAUACCUUCAAGUGCAUGAAAAAUUUAAAGUUAAAAACUAACUAAUUUAACUUAUUAAGAAAUUUCGGCUAACAAUCUUAAAUUGGUGCCAUUAGAUCUCUUGCUGUUUACAAUAAAUUCUACUUUAGUAACAACGAACAACCUACUGGAGUUGAUGAGGGUUCUCAUGACGACUUUGUUUCAAAGAAAAAAGUAGGAGGAGUUGAUGGAAAUAAUUUAACUGAUGAACAAGCUCUUGAAAUGAUUAAUAAGUGGGUUAGCGGCAAUAAGGUUUGUUUGUUUAUGAAGGGAGAUCCUAAGGAACCCAGAUGCGGAUACUCAAACUUCGUAGUCCAAACUCUUAAAUUCUAUAAAAUCAAAGAUUACAAGAGCGUCGAUGUUUUGAAAUAUGAAGUAAUUAGAAAAUAAGUUAAGGUUUACUCCAACUGGCCCACUUUCCCUCAACUCUAUGUUGAUGGUAAGCUCGUAGGUGGUGCUGAUAUUGUCUAGGAAAUGCAUAAAGAUGGUAGUUUGAAGGAACUUUUUAACAAGGUAGGUUUACUUGAACAGUGA